AUGGAUGCUGCAGAGCGUGGCCGCCUGCUUUAUAAAUUGGCUGAUUUAAUGGAACGUGACAGAGUCUAUCUUGCUAGCCUGGAAACGUUGGAUAACGGAAAACCGUACAGCAUAGCGUACAAUGCAGAUCUGGGCCUAUCAAUCGCUUGUAUACGGUACUAUGCUGGUUGGGCUGAUAAAAAUCAUGGAAAAACAAUCCCGAUUGGCGGAAAUUUCUUCUGCUACACCCGACAUGAACCAGUUGGUGUUGUGGGACAAAUCAUCCCUUGGAAUUUUCCGUUACUGAUGCAAGCAUGGAAGCUGGGGCCUGCACUUGCAAUGGGCAAUACUGUCGUGAUGAAACCUGCUGAACAGACACCACUCACAGCGCUCCAUGUUGCUUCACUCAUUGCUGAGGCUGGCUUUCCGCCAGGUGUUGUGAAUAUAGUUCCCGGAUUUGGCCCAACGGCUGGACAUGCUGUUUCCGUUCAUCCGGGCAUCGAUAAGGUGGCGUUUACUGGUUCGACGGAAAUUGGCCGACGCAUUAUGAUGUCAGCUGCGGAAAGUAAUUUGAAAAGGUUCAUAUUUUUAAGAGAAGUGGGAUGUGACACUGAAGUAAUGAUCAAAAGAGAGCAGAAAAAAGGGAUUUGCUAA